CGAAAAUAUAAUUUUUAUUUAUGUAAAUAUAAUUAUACUCGUAAUGAAUAAAGUCGAAUUCGCGAUGAGCAACUUAGUUCUGGUGCUACUUUUAUUUAUUGUUCCCGCAUACGGAGAGACAUGGGGGAUUAAGAGCGAAAUCGAAAAAGCACCUCCGGGGGGAUGCUAUAGUUCAUAUGGAAAUCUUGGCGCUUUGGAAAAGGGCGAGAGCAGAAGAUUGGUGGGUCAAUGCGCCCUUGCAUUCUGCAGUAACCGUGAAUUCAUUGGUGUAAUAGGUUGUGGUUUAUCAAAAGAAAGCUGCAGAAACGGCAAACCUGCCAAAAAAUUACCGGGUGAUCUACUGUUGGAGUAUCCAAGAUGUUGCCCAGAAUUACUGUGCCCGGAAAAUGUUUAAUGUAAAAAUAUUGUGAAAAAAUGCAAAAUAAAGUUAACAAAACGAUUUUUUCAUCAUUUCAUAUUGCAAUUCACAAAUUCUUCAAGGAUAAACAUAUAAAAUACCCAAAAUACAAGUCGACAAUUAAUUAAGAGCGAUAAUUUUUCGUUAAUUCGUUUAUACUUCGAGGCAAAAAAAUGUUGUUUACAUUAGCAAUAGGUCAGCAUGUU